GGCGGCGGCGCGGGACAGUAUGAGGGGAGCACUCGCCCCUCAACCUCCUGUUGAUCAACAGCUUUCAUUGAGAUUCCUUAUGCAGUCUUCCUACAUAUGAUGGGUUCUGCUACCGUGAUGGUUCCAUCUAGCGAGCUCUGAUGACACCAGCCCAUCAUGUACAGUGUGGAGGAUCUCCUGAUUUCUCAUGGAUACAAACCAUCGCGAGACCUCCCAGGACCACGUGAGGAGAACCCCAAGGGGCGCCGGCAGGCCAGGUCGAGGACUCGCGCAGAACACGACCUCCUGAACGGGUAUGGAGACGAUCCUGCCGCCUUUGCCCACGGUCAGACCGCCCAGGGGAAGAGACCCGUGAGUGACGCUGAGAGCCGCCGCAGCACCCCCGGCGGCCGCGGGGACCAGCCGGCUGCUUCUGCUUCUCGGACUCCGGAGGCGGGGUUGUACAGCCGACCCACCCUCGCAUGGUCCUCGAAGCCUCAGGUGGGCAGUGACCACGCCUACAGAAGACGAGGCCAGGAGGUCAGUGACGUGCCAGGCUCGAGGGACCGGGAGGCCCAGGAGCUCAGAGGCACGGCCCGAGCGCAGGGCCCCAGACAGGGCCCAUGGGAAGUUGGAGGAAGGACAGAGCAAGUGACGCAGAAAGCAGCUUGGGAAGAAGAGCUGAGGAUGCCGGGUCCUGCCAAGUGGCCCAGCGCAGGCUCAGAAAGCUGGAACGAGUCAAGGAAACUGGGGAGGCACAUGUCCGAUGGCGACGGAGAGAAACUGUUCCAAGACCUGUACCCGUUCACUCAGGAAGAGCAUGGGCCGAUAUCCCAGAACCAAAGGAAAUCCCGGUCAUUGCCUCGAGUCCUUUCCCCCGAGAGCCUCGCUGGCACGGAGAUUCCCAUUCCCAUAAAGGACAGCCACGCGUCAGGUGUCCCGAGAACGCCACCCCAUCCUUCCAGUUAUGCACCACAUCUGGAGACCCCGAGGAACCCCGAGAAAGGUGCUGCCCCAGCCCCUUUUCCCCGGCCAAAGUUUGGAAGGCCCGUCAAACCUCCCUCCUACAGCUCGUACCAGCCCCCCAGGGCCGGGGAAAGCAGCGGCUUUCAGGAGAGCGACCCCUAUAGCUAUCUGACCAAAAGCAACGACCCCAGGCACGACCUUGGGGUGCCAGAUGCCGGCCUGGAGCCUCCCGUGUACGUGCCUCCCCCCUCCUAUAAGUCACCCCCACAGCACAUCCCGAACCCCUACCUAGAAGACACAGAGCCCACGAACGUAAGCGACAGCCACAGGCGGCAGCAGCAGUACGGAGCCGACAAGGAUGGAGCCCGUUGUUGGCUUCCCCCUGGCCCCGGUGGCGCUGGGAGCACACAGGGCAGCGGAAGCCCGGGGUCGCCCCGAGGGCUCUCCUCCCGCCCCCACCCAGGCGCUGCCUACGAAGGCGGCGUUCAGUACAUCCCCUUCGAUGACCCGAGGAUACGACACAUCAAGCUGGCCCAGCCCCCUGGCCUCCGUGAAGACCUGAAGCUCCAUCACCGACAGCACGGCCCUGGGCCUGCGGGGGCCCCAGAGCCAGCCCGCGGGAAGACGCAGCCCAACGGCGUCCCUCCGCCUUCCCGGGGCCUGGCACCCCCGUCAGACGCCGAGCGGGGCCAGGCCUCUUCCCACCCCAACCCCCAGCGGCUCCGGGGCCUGCUCCCCAGAGAUGGAGAACACGGAGGCCUCGCUGACCCAAGAGAGCAGAGUGUGGCAAGAGGACACCCCGAGAGCCAGGCUUCCCCCCACAACCCCCAGGGCGAGGACACCUGCAAAAGCCAAACCAAGCUCCGCAAGUUUGAGAGUGGGAUUCAGACCAAGAAAAGUUCAAAGAAGAAAACAAACGAGACCAUAUUUUGCUUGGUUUCCAUCCCGGUGAAAUCAGAACCCCAUCUGCCAGAUACAGAUACGAACAACAAUGACCUAAAGUCCCCCGCGGCUGGGAAGCCGGGCCUUGAUAAGAGCUCAGCCCUGCCGGAGCAAAGCCUGCUGAGCAUGUCUCCCACCGACCUGGAGCUGCAGGCGCUCACGGGGAGCGUGGCCGGGAAACUCGUGUUCCUCAAGCAGGAGCUGGAGGAGCUGGAGGACGAGCCAGCCCGCGACCUCAAGUUCGUGUACCUCGCGCAGCACAGAGAGCUCAAGUGUCCAGGCUCCUGGCCGGGUCACCAGUACAGAGAUCAGCAGACCCAAACCAGUUUCCCCGAAGAGGCCAAAGGCCCUGGGCGCCUCCCUGCUCCAGACCGGGGAGCGCCAAGGAGCCCCGCCGCCACCCCACCCUUAGAGCCCCCCGAAGCUCCCUCCAGUGACCAGGCGCAGACGCUGGACGCCCCUGACCCCCGGGGCCAGCCCUCCCUCAGCCCCUCCAGCAGCAGUGCUUUCUCCAGGACUCCCUUGUCCCGAAACCAGGCAGCCCCGAGCCAGGCCUGCGUGGACGCCUGUGCCCGCGACCGCGGCCGGGCAGCAGCCAGGCCCCCGGCUGGGCCCCAGGUGGUGAGGGGCGAGCCCACCGCGGCUCGGUGCAACAGCAAGCAGCCGUUCGGUCAGUUCCUCCUGAAGCCGGUGAGCCGCCGGCCCUGGGACCUGAUCAGCCAGCUGGAAAGCUUCAACAAGGAGCUUCAGGAAGAGGAGCAGAGCGACAGCAGCGAGAGCAGCGAGAGCAGCGAGGCGGACCCGCCGCCCCCCCGGGAGCAGGUGCCCCCCGGGGAGGGCUGGGAGCGGGGGAUCUGGAGCGCAGCACGGGGGUUCUCCAGCCCCACGCGGGCGGACGGCGGCGGCGGCGACCCCUGGCAGUGGGCAGAGGCGGCCGUGAACGGCCCGUCCAGGCUCGCAGCCAGCCCCGGGCCCGCGGAGACACGGGCGGCCUCACCACCAAGGGCCAGGAGCCCAGCGGGCCCAGCUCACCUGGCGGGGCGGGAGGAGCCCCCACAGGACCUGCAACUCUCCAAAGGCCCGGGCGCCGGGCCACCGGGCAGAGGGGUCCCACCGAAGGGGGAGCGUCAUGGAGAGAGGGACGCCGUGGCCCCCCUGUCGGUCACCCACAAAACCCGAGGCCUCUCAGCCCCCGACCUGCGGUCCACGGGGCUCUCCGCCGGACAAGAGCGAAGCGCGGCCGAGCCCGAUGGGGCCUCGGGGGGCGGGGGGGCGGUGGAAAUCCCCCCAAGUGAGUCCCUGCAGGCGAGGGCAGAGAGGAUCCUAGGCAUAGAGGUGGCUGUGGAGUCCCUCCUGCCAGGGCCUCAGCCCGACCCCAGCGCCUGCAGCUCCGACUUGCCCGCAGCACCCUGGGAGGCCCCCACCCCAGGGGGUCCCCCACCGGGGCAGCCCAGGGUGACCCCUGAUGCCUUCUACGGCAGGAGGAAGUGCGGCUGGACGGAAAGCCCCCUCUUUGUAGGGGAACGGGCUCCCCAGGCAUCGGAGCACUCCGGGGCAGGGAGGGCCCCGGCCGGCCAAGCCACCAGCCCCGAGCCUCCGCCCAGCUCCAUGGAGCCGCAGACCAUGGAGGAGAAGGACCCGGGCGUCAGGCCACCCUUCAGGUCCACACUGUUCCAUUUCGUAGAAAGGACCCCAAAUGCGGCAGGCUCAGAAAAGAGGCUCCGAAGCCCCUCCAAAGUGAUUGAGAGUUUACAAGAGAAGUUGGCCUCCCCUCCGAGGCGGGUGGCCCCCGACCGCUUGAUGAGAAUGAAGGAGGUGAGCUCUGUGUCCAGGAUGCGGUGUCUGAGCUUCCAGAACUCAGACUCCACAGAGGAGGCCGAGGACCCCAAGGCCUCGAGGGGCCAGGCCUGGCAGCCCGGGGACCUCGUGUCACCGAGCAGCGAGGACCUGGCCUGGAGAGUGGGGUACCCACCCUCUGUCUCCAAGGGUUUCACCCCUCCAGAAGAAAACGGACAUCUGCCAACACUAAGGAGGGAGAAGAAUGUGGAGUCCGACUUCUGGUGCCCAGAGUCCUAUGACCCCAGCAGGGUAGAGCGGGUAUGACGUCAUGUCGGUGGAGGCCGGCUCUGCUCUGGGGGUACCAGUGCUCCUGGGUGCAGUCCAUCCCCUCGCGGAGCCCAGCGGAAGGUGGACACUGCCUGACUCCCCCCUUACCACCCACAAAGGACGAGGAAAGGCAUCCGCACGGAGUUGUUUGUGGAGAGAAAACCAUCUGUUUCAUAGCAUGAAGAUCUACUGUCUAUAUUUAGAAGAGUUUUCACAGAAAAUCUCCUUCCUAAUGGAUUUGGCCAAGCUGGCAAAUAGUUUGGUGUUCAGCUGGUUCUGUGUGAAAAUUUGAAUAUGGAAAAUGGAGCGAGUCGUGUUGAAAGGACUGGGGGUGUGGUCCGUGCCCCCCUUGGUCCUGGGCCUUUGCUCAGGGCGUGGGUCCUUUCGGCUUAGGGAGACAUGGAUGGCUACAUGUGAUCCCUUUCUAUCAAUUCGGCCUUCUGAUGCUGGGAGUAACUUGACUAGUAAGCAACUUGCCAUCAGAGAAUAAAAGCAAUACCUUUCAAGUUCCUAAAAGAUAACACUUGUGGUAUCCUACGCUCAAGAGUGUUUAUCUGGCAGCGAAAACACUUUGAUCGUUUGCAAACUUGCCAUUGUCUGCUUUGCACUCAGUAUUAUCUAUUUUUAUUUUCUGUAUGGAUGUUUAGAAAUUCUUUAUAUGAAAAGUAAUUGCUGGUUUAAAAAUAGACCAUUUUAACAAAGUAACUCUAUUUCUUUUUACAGAAUUGCUAUUUUUCUAUGAUGUAAAGAGUUGCUCAGUGGCAGAUUUUUAAGGAAGUGUUAUUUUAUUUAAGAGUCUAUCCCUUUGGUAAGCAGAGCCCUGAGAGGGUCCCAUGCUGCUUUCAAGCACGUACCCUUGCCAGGCCCUGCCUGGCCUCUCUUCUCUUACCUUAGAGCUCCUGCAGGGUUCUUCAACUCCUGUGAGGCUUCAUGGGACAGUACCCCGUCAGUCACCUAACAGCCUAUGACAAGGUCUGCUGCCAGAGCAACUAGACCGACCAAAAAGCAUAGCUGCACUUUUGUAUGUCUGCGCAAAUCUGCCCUGAGAACCUGCUCCUUGAAGAAAUAUGUAUUUUUAUCUAGAAUGAUCCUGAAUUAGUCUUGCAUAUUUUCAAGAAGUGCUUGGAGACAUUAUAUACAUGGCAUUAUAUAUAUUUAUAUGUAUAUAGGUGCCGUAACAAAAGUAUUCUGAGGCCUAUGUAUUCUACAGUUUCAUGUUGCAUUAACCUGCACAGUGUUUAUGCAUUUUGUAUGCAUUUGUCCCUUAUUUCCAAGUGAGGAAUUCUUACUAGCUUACAUUUUCUAUUCAGUUUCUUUCGUUUUCCCUCCCCUUCCCUCCUUUCCUCCUUCCCUCCCUCCCCCUUUUCUUCCCCUCCUUCUUUCUUCCGUUCUUUUUCUUCCUUCGUUCUCUUCCUCCCUUCUUUCUUCCCUUUCAUUGUUUCUCUUUCUUUUUUUUUCAAGUCAUCUUUCUAUUUUCAGACAUUUCAAAUUCCUACAGUGUGAACAGUUCACCGGUCUGUCCUCUGGCCCUAAGUCGACUGACUGGGCUUCCAUCAUGCCCGCUCUUAGGGACACCGUGUGAUGUUAUUUCCAAAGACCCUGAUGGCUUUGGACUGUGGAAGACAAACUAGGAUGGCGGUGGCCCUGACAGCUCUUCUCCCAGGCACCUGCGUGCAGUCUGGCUUCACAGUUACCCCCAAAGCCAUCUCUUGCCAGAACUCGGCUCUCCUGAAAAGUUGCAGUAAGGCUUGGUUUUCACAGCACCAAGAUGACCCCACGGUUGUUGUUUUUUUUUCUUGAGGAGCAACUCGUGGGACUGAGGUGUCACCUCUCUGCUCCUGUUGGGCAGCCAUUCCGUUCUCUUCACAGAGCUCCGUGCAGGCUGAGCCACCAAGGGCUUGAUGGCUUUGCCCGUCCCCUCUAAGAGCCGGGGCAGGAAGUGCCAUGCACCCAAUGUGUGCCGCACUUGCCCUCCUCUUCACUACUCUGGUACAAUCUAGAGACUUCUUUUAACCAAACCAAUUCCAUUUUCCCUUCUUCCUGAAAAGAAAGAGAAAGAUCCUCAAGGGAAAAAAAAAAAGUUGGACCUCAUGUAUGUUUCGCCUAACCCAAUUCUGAUUCUCUUCUGUUUUGUUUUAUUCUAAAAUGUUCUAUCAAUCAUAUCUUUCUGGAGCCAAGCUGAAUUUAAUCGAAGUUAUGAAUAUUUGUACUUUCACCUUAAGUUUUCUGGAGUUAAGCCUGUAUGUAAAUCAUUUGGAGGGCAAAGGUUGACUUUCAAAUCAGUAACUUGAAAAAUGGGAUUUUUCAGACCUUCAUAUUCUGAAGCAAACAAGAGUCUAAUCCAAAUAGCUCUCCCAGAGGUUUUCAAUUUCUUCUUACAUGCACACAGCUGUGGCUGAAGAAACACUUUAUAUUUUGUGUCUGCCAUUGUUUUCCCACGCACAUGAUUUCCUGGUGGUAUUUAAUAAUUUGGAGCUUGUAAAAAUAAAAGUUCUAAUUUUGACCAUUUGAA